GUUGGUAGUGGUUCAACGACCAAUCAAUUGUCCGAAAAUAUCUAUGUUAUCACAUCUUCAAGACGAAACUAAUUGUACAUCAAAAAGACGAAACUAAUUGUACAUUAAAAUUGAUUUGAAGUUCAAGAAAAAAACACAACUUAAUUUGUAGUGAGUAUUUUUCUUUUUAAAAAGCUAAAGAUUUUAAAUACCUCAAAAUAGCUCUAGUAUUACUUGUGGAAUAUUACAUAAACUCCCUUUAGAGAUUAUGGUUCAAAGUAUAAAUUGAGUGUAUGUUGUUGAAAUGAAAUAGGUCUUGUUCAAGGAUGGGCAGCCAUAAUAAUGGGAAUCCUCUCCGGAAGCGUACCCUGGUUCACAAUGAUGAUCCUCCACAAGAACAGCACCUUACUCCAAAGAAUCGACGACACUUUAGGCGUCUUCCACACCCACGCCGUCGCCGGCCUGCUCGGCGGCUUUCUCACCGGCCUUUUCGCCGAGCCCACUCUUUGCAACCUUUUCCUCCCCGUCACCAACUCCCGAGGCGCCAUAUACGGCGGCUCGGGAUGGAUGCAGCUGGUGAAGCAGCUCGCCGGCGGCGGUUGUGUCAUCGGGUGGAACAUCGUGGCGACGUCGAUCAUAUGCGUCUUGAUUCGCCUCGUCAUCCCACUGAGGAUGUCAGACGAGCAGCUGGAGAUCGGGGACGACGCCGUUCACAAGGAGGAGGCGUACGCCCUGUGGGGCGACGGAGAGUACGACGCCAAUCAGAACGGAUCCUCGCCGGACGAAAUAGCUUUGCAACAGGGACACUUUCAUCCCCGGUCGCCGAUUGGGGCAACUCAAAACGUCUGAAACUCAAUAUAUUGAUUCUAGCGGUAGGAUGAUUUUGGUAUUCAAUUCAAUUCCGCUUACAAAUUCUUGAAUUGUGAAUUAAAACUAUUGAAUUGUGUUAUUGAUAGAGUAAUAUUUUUGAUAAUUCGUUUAUGAUUCAUUAAAGUGAUGUGUACGUAUGCACAAAUGUUUAGUGAAGGUAGUGUAUUUGGA